GCGGGCGGCGGGUUGAGGUGGGGACAGGCGGGGAGGCGGGGGCCCCGCGGAGCACUAGAACGGAGCCAGGCGGGGAGGCGAAGGCGGAAGGAGGCCGCCGCAGAGAGGAGGAGCGACGGCGGAAGACGGAGGACGCAGCGGAGCGGAAAAAGAGGGACGAGGAGCAGCACACGCCCCGGGCGCAGAAGGAGGAGCAGCGGCGGGGGGAGGGCAGUGGGGCGAGCCGGCGGCAACACAGCUCAACGGCUGUUGCAGGAGCAGACGACAAGCAGACAGUUGGCAGGCAGCAGGGGUCCGGUAGCGCCCCUGCGGCAGCAGCAACAACGGCAACAGCUGCUUCCGCCGCUCCGGAGUCCGCGCCAACAUUGCCAGCAGAGGCAGCGAUCACAACAGCAGCAGCACCUCCACCACCCCUGUCGGCUGCAGCCGCUCCUGCUACCAAAGCACACAGCGGCGCCACAAUAGCAGCAGCAGAGGAAGCAGUAGCGACAGCAGCAGUAACAACAACAGCGACAGAAGCAGCAGCGACAGCGACAGUGACAAGGAUAACAACACCGUCAGCAGCAAAACACACAUCAGCCGCGUGUGCAGCACCAUGCGGCAGUACAACAGCAGCAGCCGCAGUAACGACAGCAGCCGCAACGAGGACUGCCCCGGGCAGGGGGGAGCCGCAAGCAGUGCCGCCAGCGGCGCCGGCUGCAGCGACAGCAGCAGCAGCGGUUGGUGAGGGUGUGAAGGGAAGGAGCAGCAGCAGCCGCAAGGACUCGCCACCAAGGGACAAGGGCAGGGAGAGGCGGGCGGAGGGCGGUCCGGGCAGCGCUCCGAAGGGCAGCAGCGAGGGCAGGAGCGGGCGGGAGCGCGAGAAGGAGAAGGAGAGGGAGCGCGAGAAGGAGAGGCAGAAGGAGAGGGAGCGGGAGCGGGAGAAAGGCAGAAGUUGGGAGCGGGACAAAGACAAGAAACAGGAUAAAGCGAGGGAGCAUCCCGGCAAUGGCGGCAGCCGGGAUGUGUCUGCGAACGCUGCCAAGCCGCCUCCGGGAUCCCACCGGCCGCAGCAGCCUGCAGCGACUGCUGAAGCGGCCAAGAAGGACAGCCGCGGCGAAGUGGUGAAGGGGAGCAGCGAGGGGAAGCAGCAGCGGCACCAGCAGCAGCAGGAGCAAGCCAUGGCGGAGCCACGUCAGCACCAACCAAGCAGCAAAGCAGCAGCACCGCUACAGGGCGAUGUUGUAACUGCCGCUGCAGAUCUUGAUGCAGCCCCCCUGGCUUCGGCCCCUGCUGCUGUUGUUGCAUCUCAUGCCGCCUCCAGCGGCCAAACCGCCCCCGAGGGCACCUCUGAGUCGCUACUGCCUGUGGAGGGGGCGCUGCCGCUGUUGCCGCCAUCCCUGCCCUCGGAGGCCCCACCGCCGCUCCCGUUCCUACAGCCGCUGCCGGCCCUGCCCUCCGCAGCUUCCCAAACCACACUCCAUCCGCCACCACCACCGCUUCCGCAGCCGCCUCCACCUCCCCUGGCGCUUCCCCCGCCACCCCCUCCUCUUCCGCCCACUUCUCCAGCCGUACAGCAGCUGCCGCCGCCACCACCACCACCCCUGUAUCCCAGCAUCGCCCCUGCAGGGUCGGAAGCUCCGGGUCGCCCCGCCGACGCAGCAACAGCACCCGCCACAUCCGCAUCUGCAGCAGCGCCCCCCGCGGCGGCUGAGGUGGCAGCAGCGCCCGCUGCCUCUGCAUGCACAGCCCCAGCCGCAGCACAUGCGGCUCCUGCGGCUAGCACUCGCGAUGAAGCAGACACGUUGACAGCAGCAGCAGCAACAGCAGCAGCAGCGCAAGACGGCGGGAAGGGACGAGCCAUGCCGGUGGCCUCCGGGGGGAAGCGAGAGGCCCCUCCGGGGGUGCCUCCUGACGCCGGCGCUCACUCCUCCCCAGCCGCGAAGGAGGCAGCGGCGCCGUCCCCUGCCGCCACUACUACGGACGCUAAUGCGGGUCGUAGCAAAGCUGUGGACAGGGAGACACCCCUGGAGACUCCUCGCAAACGUGACAGCGCCAGUCGGCACACUGCGCGGCCCGAGGAGGAGCGGCCCGAGGCCGCUGGCAACAGCAGCUCAAAACGCCGCCGUACGACGAGAUCCAGAUCCCGACCCAGAUCAGGGCGUGGAUCCAAAUCAAGAUCUAGGUCACCACCUAGAUCAAAGUCACCACCGCCGGCUGAGGGGCGAAAGUCCAGCGGUGCUGGCGGCGCCGGCGGCGCUGGCGGUGGUGGUGGUUUCUCUGGUGGUGCGGGGGCUCGGGAAGGGCGGGGAGAGGAGUUUGACUGGCUAGCAUGGGCGCGAGACGUCCGGGAGGCCAUCCUGCGACACGGCGGCAGCUUGGGUAUGGACAAGCUGGGCAGGCUCGGCUUUCACGUGCCUGCGCGCGUCCUGCGCAACGACGGCCGCCCCUUCAUCGCCAUCUGCCGCACUUUCCCCGAUCACUGGCGCGUGGAGUUUGGCAAGCAGGGCGCCAUGCUAGUUGCCACCCCCGGCCCUGGUUGCCACAGCCCGCCCGAAGGCGGCAGCCGACGUCGUCGCGAGUCGCCGCCAGCCCGCCGCGACGCGGCUCCUGCUCCCCGUGAUGAGCGCCACCGAGACGAGCUAUCUCCGUACAGAGGCAGAUGCGCUUCGCCGCCUCCGCGCAUGUACAGGGAUGAUGUCUUUCCGCUGCGGCCGCCGCCGCCGCCGUGGCUUCAGGACCGACGCGGUCGGUCGCCGUCGCCGCUAUCGUACAGAGGUAGCGGCGGCGGCGGCGGCUUCCUGCCGUCGCCCAGGCUGAUGCCGUACAGAAGCCGUAGCGGCAGCCCCAUGGAUGGAAGGCCGUACGGCAUGGUGGCUGGCGGGCCGUACGCUUUGGACGAGCAUUACAGGCCGCCGAUACAUGGAGGGCCGCUGCUAGAUCCAAUGUACGACAGACCGUUGGAUCCGUUGGGCCCACCUGACGGUUGGCGGCGCCGCAGGUCGCCGACACCUCCGCGGAGACGGUAGAGUGGAAGCGGGAGCGUGUUGAGCGCGCUUUUGUGCUCUGGGCUGUGUUGUGCUCCGUGUACGUGUCGUGCUCCGUGUACGUGUUAUGCAUCCGCUGUGCCGUUUGUGUGUGGCCUAUGGUUUGCGGUUGCUUGUUGAGUUCAACCAGUGCUGCUGCGGUUGCUAUCUUUGUCAGUCGUGGAUUGUGAUGGGCGGUGAUGCGGGCAUGAGGUUUGAAACGUUCAGGAUGUUGCUCGAAUUGGCGUGACGCGGCUCGAAGGAGGACAGGCAAGGGAUUAAAGGGAUGGUCAACGUUCGGUGCCGCAGCUAGUGACUGGGCGCGGUGGGAGCGAGGGUGGCAGGCUGCUUGGGGAUGUUCCGGGUUGGCGCUGCAUGUACGGUAACAAGAGGACUACACUGAAGCUGGGGGUCUGCGUUUAAACGCCGGAGAUGUAUGGAGUACUGUGGGUUGUACCCCUAUGUAUGUAUGAGGACAGGUUGAGCUUUAGAAGGCUAGGAAGCUUACUGGUAAACAUGGGUCGCGUCUUUGCUUGCGCGCGCGUUAUGGCACUGCAAUCAUUCUUGUCGGGGACAUGGCGGAUGUACCACACUCCAGACAUUGAUUGCUGCCUUUGCUGGUCGUACGUUGACAAUAACGGCAUAACGUUUCUUUGCAUUCAUUGUUGAUGUCACGGGGCAAGAGGGCGGGCAGAGAACCACCGCUGCGGUGGCGAGCGGGUUUCCUUAAAAUGCAACCGCAUGCAUGCCGUACAAGGCCGUACGUUACCGGCAAGCGCACGGCAUCGGGUGAGCGGCACUUGUGUGUAGUUUAGUAGGUUGGUCCAAUCAUAUGUCAUAGACUUGAUAGUGUAGCAGCAGAACGGCGGUACGACAGGGCUCCCACCUGGAUUGUGCUCCGGGGAACGCCUCACGGUAAAAGGAAUCCAGAUGCCGUGGAAUGCCGUGUCCAAACGCUGGCUUGGCUACCUGAGGACACAGGGGUGCGAACCAAUCGAUGGUCUACCCGCGUGUCUGGGAGCAGCACUGCCAUGCAAGGGACGCAGCUUGGGCUCUUUUUCACAGGGUUCUUUUGUUCUUUGAUGUGUAGCUUGCCUAGUAAAGGAUCUCCCACGAUGCACUAGGCGGGUGACCAUGGCAGCGGAAGGCUAGCGCUUCGAGGAGUUGGAGUCUGUUGGCGCAGCAUGGGGUUGACACGCACCUUUUGAACCCUGUGCCCGGAGUUGAAGCGACCCGCGGGGCCCUCUUAAGCAUAACAAAGCGCAAGAUGGCGUUCCUGUUAUUAUGACAAUUACGAGGUCCUUCCGCUUUGAAACGGCAAAGCAAGAUGUCAUGCAGUGGCGUGUCCCUCGGCGGAAUUCUUG